UUAGAGGGGAGGGAGUGGCGGAGCCGGGCCAGGCAGGAAGAAGCUGGAAGAAGCCACUUUACAGCUCCUGCCCCCUUCCCAGUCUUUUCCCGAGUGCCUGCUGGCCGAGCAAGCGGCCCCCGGGGCCUGGCGGGGCUGGAGAGAGAAUCGAGAGCAUCCCCACCCUAUCCCCGGGCCCCCAAGGGCCCCAGGACCCCAGGACUCCAAGCAAGCGGCCGGCGACUCAGCAUCCGCAGACCAUAUCCAGAGGAGGAGGAGGAGGUGGUGUCAGGGGCAUGGGAGGAGGACAGGAGCUGGCCUGAGUCCACACCUCUCUCCGCGCCCCCCCCCCCUCCCCAGUCCAGGGCUGCUAGCCUUCGGGCCACAGCCUAGGGCAGAGCUAGGAGGAGGACUCCCUGAGUCCCUCUGGGAUGGACGGACUCGUGCUGCUGCUGGCUCUGGGCCUGGCUGAUGGUGGUUCUGCACUGUCCUCAACCAACUCACUCUUGACCUGUGCCUGCGAGAACUUCGACUGCAAGGGGUCUUCAACCUGUCGGGGGUCUUGGUGCACUGUAUGGCUGAUAAAGGAGCUGGGGGAACAACCCCGGGAGAUUCGGGGCUGCAGUAACCACCACCACCACGAGACGUGCCUGGGACUGCCCACUGAGGCCUUUGCCCAGUACUGCUGCUACCAGCCUCUCUGCAACCUCAACAUCUCCCUGAAGCUAGCAACCCCACCAGAGGAUCCCCAUCGAACUAACCAUCUGCCACUGAUCUUGGGCCCUGGGAUAGCUGUGCUGGUCCUCCUGGGGCUGGGGGCCCUGGGCCUUUGGCACCUCCGUCGGAGGCGUGAGAAACAGAGAGCCUUGCACAGUGACCUGGGAGAAUCCAGCCUCAUCCUGAAGGCAUCGGAGCUGGGGGACAGCACACUGGGGGACCUUUUGGACAGUGACUGUACCACAGGCAGUGGUUCUGGCCUCCCCUUCCUGGUCCAGAGGACAGUGGCUCGGCAGAUUGCUCUGGUGGAGUGUGUGGGCAAGGGCCGCUAUGGUGAAGUGUGGAGGGGCCUGUGGCAUGGUGAGAGUGUGGCUGUCAAAAUCUUCUCCUCUAGGGACGAGCAGUCCUGGUUCCGGGAGACUGAAAUCUACAACACAGUGCUACUCAGACAUGACAAUGUUCUUGGCUUCAUUGCUUCUGACAUGACAUCCCGCAACUCCAGCACCCAGCUGUGGCUGAUCACCCACUACCAUGAGCACGGCUCCUUGUACGACUUCCUGCAGCGGCAGCCGCUGGACCGAGGGCUGGCCCUGAGGCUGGCCCACUCCAUUGCCUGCGGCCUGGCCCACCUUCACGUAGAGAUCUUUGGAACCCAGGGCAAGCCAGCCAUCGCCCACCGGGACCUGAAGAGCCGCAACGUCCUGGUCAAGAGCAACCUCCAGUGUUGCAUAGCGGACCUGGGCCUGGCAGUAAUGCACUCCCAAGGUAGUGAUUCCCUGGACAUUGGCAACAACCCUCGGGUGGGCACCAAGAGGUACAUGGCGCCAGAAGUAUUGGAUGAGCAGGUUCGCACUGACUGCUUUGAAUCCUACAAGUGGACAGACAUCUGGGCCUUCGGUCUGGUGCUGUGGGAGAUAGCACGCCGGACCAUAGUGAAUGGCAUCGUGGAGGAUUACAGACCGCCCUUCUUUGACAUGGUCCCCAAUGACCCCAGUUUUGAGGAAAUGAAAAAGGUGGUUUGUGUCGACCAGCAGACCCCCAACAUUCCCAACCGGCUGGCUGCAGAUCCGUUCCUUUCAGGUCUGGCACAAACGAUGCGAGAAUGCUGGUACCCCAACCCUUCGGCCCGCCUCACAGCCCUGCGUAUCAAGAAGACCCUACAGAAACUUUGUGCAAACCUAGAGAAGCCCAAAGUGAUUCACUAGACGUCUGGUGCCCAUACCCGGUGUGCCCUGGGGAGGGCUGUAUGGAGCUGUCUGGGUUGGACCUCUCACCACUACAGAGUCUGCUUUCCUUAUUAUCCAGGAUCUUAGGAGGAGAGGAAUGGGGAGGGUGGUCCCCUGAGAGGGCAGCUACGGCUGCUGGACUCCACGCCUCCAGCCCCCAGCUCUCCCAGCCAAAAAUAUUGCUGGGCCUGUAAUCUGAUGCCAGGGCAUCUAGCCCAGUCUGAAGGAACAGUCUCCCUGACGCCUGGCUUUUCCCCACCCCCAACACACCCACACUGACCCCUCCUUCCCCAGGAAGCCUAGAUCCCAGCUGGCCCCAGCAGCAGGAGAAUACUGCCCUAAGACGGGAUCAUGUGGAAGCCACCAACACCUAACCGGGUUUAGGGGUAGGGAAUUCCCAUUCACCCCACCACUCAAUUCCCCUGGUGUACAAGUGCACUCACCAACACAGAGACAGAAACCUCAUUCUGCUCUGCCUCACCUGUUGCUUGUGCUCUUUGCUAUGCCCAGUCCCAGCUUCCCAGGGUCAGCAGAGAGGGUACAAGGUUCCCAAAUCCCUUCCAAAUGUCACCCUCCUAGAUGGUAAGCCUCCUUGUGAACAGUGUGACAUCAUAUGCCCCUGUGCCAUGAGGAUCUGACCCUACGCACAAUGUGUACACCUGUCAUCUAGCCACAUCAAGGAUACCCCUGCCCAAUGGGUCCUGUGGACUGAACUGCAAAGUGUCCUCCCCCCUCCCCGACCCUGUGUCCUUGCUCUCCCCAGAUGUCAUCACUGCACACAGAAUACCAAUUAUGUGGGAAGCCACCUACGGUCACCGAAUCCUGCCCGAGUCAAUUAUCCUUGAUCAAGGGGCAACCUCUACCCCAAACCACUUAACCUGGAAUUAAACCUCAAAUUUUCAAGCUUCUCCAGGGCCAGUGCUGAGCGAGAUUGAGGCUGGUGUACUUGUUAGCAAAUCGCAGAAAGGUGGUGAUGGUAUUGAAAGGUCAGAAAAGGCUAGGGCCCAGCCUGAGGGGGCUUCCAAAAUACACAGAAGGCUAUACUUAGAGCUUUCUGUGUCUAAGUCUAAGGCUCCACCCAUCCCCAAUAUAAAUUCAUCUUCUUCCCUUGUCCCUUGCCAACACACUCCACUAAUAGCUAAUAGCUGGUUCUAUCUGAGUCCGGGAGGGGACAAAAAAAAAAAAAAAAGAGCCUGCCCA